CCGGGGAUGGGUGUGGGCGAAAAAUCUACACGAAAAGAGACUCUGGACGGACCGACCGUUCCGUUCCGUUCCGUUCGUUUAAUCAGAGACAGAGACGAACGGAAUCCUCAUUCUCUUCCGCUUUUCGCUUUCGGUUUCAGUUGCAGUAGGUCGUCGUCAAAGUCUCUGAAAGAUAAUUUGAUGAUCUGAUUGGAAUUGGAAGGGAAAGAUGAUCGACUUCGGUAGGGUACAGAAGGAGCUUCAGGAAUGCAGCAAAGAUAUCGAAGCUUCCGGCAUCAAAGUCACCCCAAAGGGCGAUAAUCUCACUCGCUUGCUCGGCACCAUUCCUGGGCCAACCGGUACUCCUUAUGAAGGUGGCACUUUCCAGAUUGAUAUCACCCUCCCCGAUGCAUAUCCAUUCCAGCCUCCAAAAAUGCAGUUUGCCACCAAAGUUUGGCACCCUAAUAUCAGCAGCCAAAGUGGAGCCAUCUGCUUGGACAUCUUAAAGGACCAAUGGAGCCCUGCCCUCACUUUGAAGACUGCACUUCUUUCUGUGCAAGCGUUACUAUCUGCACCAGAACCUAAUGAUCCACAAGAUGCCGUGGUUGCCCAGCAGUAUCAUAAGGACUACCAGACCUUCGUUAGCACUGCUCGUUAUUGGACUGAGGCUUUUGCCAAGACAUCUUCCCUUGGGGUUGAAGAAAAAGUAAAGCAGCUGGUGGAAAUGGGGUUCCCUGAGCCGAUUGUGAGGAGUGCGCUGGAAGCUGUAGGUGGGGAUGAGAACUUGGCACUUGAAAGGCUCUGCUCCAGCUAAGGUGUGAGCAAGUAUUGACUGUAUUAAAUUGUCAAAGAUGAUAUUGAUUGAUGCUUCAGAAAUAUUUCACUUGUUGCCGGACUAUUGCAAGUGCUAGGUUUACUUUUGACUCCCCACUCUGUUAUCCUGUGCUUACUGCUUUUUCUUGAUUAUC